UACCCCUGCUUGAGGUUCCUACUACAUAAGCACACGCAGUCGUUCUCCGUAGCCGCAGUCGGUGUACGCUCCGACUGCACCAUUCUUGCGGUACCAUGAUGUCUCUCCCGGUUGUUCUUCUCCUAGCUAUACUUGUGGUGUAUCUCAUUUCCAGAGCGACUUCGCGCAAUGGUCAUCUUCCUCCAGGCCCGUCCGGGUUUCCUGUUAUCGGAAAUGCGUUGCAAAUGCCGAAGAAAAACGAAUGGGCUGUGUUCGCUCAGUUAGCAGAAAAAUAUGGGGAUGUUAUGCAUCUAUCCGCUCUUGGGAGCUCAAUCAUACUUCUCACAUCGCGGCAAGCCAUUUCGGACCUGCUGGAGAAGAGAGGCCAUAUAUACUCCGACCGUCCAGUUCUUCCUAUGGCAUCUGGAUUGAUCGGUUACUCGCGCUUCACCGUGUUGGCUCCAUACGGUUUCAUCCUCAAGGAAAGCAGAAAGCUCAUUACCGGUACCAUCAAUGCGCGGAAUGCCCCACAAUUACAGCGCGUCAUCGAAGGGAAAGUUCUACAUCUCCUUCCCAGACUUCUCGCCUCUCCGAACGAGUUUCGACCACAUCUACGCUGGCUAGUCGCCAGUAUUGUAUUGCAGAUCACACACGGUCGCGAUAUUAGCGACUCAAGCGAUCCCCUAGUUCAACUAGCAGAACUGGUCAAUGAGCAGUUCUCCGCUACUGCAACACCCGGUAAAUUCCUCGUGGAUCUCUUCCCUUUCUUGCGGCAUGUUCCAGAAUGGUUUCCUGGUGCUGGGUUCAAAGCUUUCGCUAGAGAGGCUCGUGAUACUAUAGACAGGAUACUCGAUGAGCCUUAUCAGGAAGUCAAGGAGCAGAUGCUGCUCGGAAAAGCUAUCCCGUCCUUUACCUCACAGAUCAUUGAGAACAACCCAAAUCCAAAACCGGAGGACCUGUUCGUUCACAAAAUGGCAUCUACACAAUUCUACCUCGCGGGAGCUGACACGAGCGUAUCCGCGCUCGAAACCAUGUUCCUCAUCUUAGCGCUGUAUCCCGACAUUCAGCGGAAAGGACAAGCCGAAGUGGAUGCGGCGUUAGGGUCUCACCAGUUGCCGAAGUUCAGCGACCGCGAUAGCCUUCCGUACGUUGCUGCUCUUGUGAAGGAGAUUCAUCGGUGGAAGCCUGUAGCACCCCUGGCCCUUCCUCACUUGGCCAUGCGUGAUGACACGUACAACGGCUACCAUAUUCCCAAGGGCGCUACCGUCAUUGCCAAUUCAUGGUACGUUCUACAAGCAACACAAGAUCUUCGGAUGCUCAGAAUUUGUUCGAAUAGGGCAAUUCUUCACGAUCCAUCUAUUUAUCCGGAUCCUUUCGAGGUAAAGCCAGAACGAUAUCUCGAGAGAAAGGGAGAGGAUGCAAACCCCGAUCCCGAGACAUUCUCUUUCGGAUACGGUAGGCGGAUAUGUCCUGGACAGAUUCUCGCAGAAGACACGAUAUUUCUCGUCACGGCUACCGUUCUCACCAUGUUCAACGUAGCAAAUGCCCAGACGCUCGAUGGUCAUGUUAUCCGCAAAGAUGAAGACAUCGACUAUGUUGGAGGGACGAUUACCCAUCCGCCACCAUUUACCUGUACAAUAACACCACGCUCAGCAACGGCAGAACUGUUCAUCGUUACCAGUCUUGAAAGUCAUGAACAAUGUUGACGCGGACGAUCCAGUCUAUCCGGUCGAAUUCGUGGCACUCCUCUUCAUCUACGUCUUAUCCCUCUUGCGAAUAUGCAUGCGCGGCAAGGCAUGGCAUGCAGUAUGCCAUUCCGCAUAUCCAAUGCCGAUGUGUCGCGGUGCUGACCUGUCGGU